UCUAUUGACUGUAAACAUGGCGCUCCACGGCGAAAGCCAGGCUCACCGAGCUGGAGCAUUUAAGCAGCAAAAUAAGACACAUAAACAUGGUCGGCACAAGAGCAAUCGCUCUUUGGAAACGUUGAACAAAGGGAAAGUGAGCCUGAAGGUACUGUCAACGAAGAAGAACCGUCAGAUGAGAAAACAGGAGAGACGAAACCAGUUGCAACAGAUAAGAAGAAAUAAGCGUCAAGAGGCCUCCGAAAGAAAACGAACUUUGGGAGGCUGUGGAGUCCCGCCCUUCCUCACGGCAAUAAUACCGGUGAACUGUACUGCUGAUCCAAAAAGACUGCUUGAUGCCAUCAAGAGCUGUGACCCAGAAGCCAUUGUAACUCACAGUGCUCUUGGAUAUUGUCAUAUUAGUCUUCCCAGGUUCAAGAAGAGGUUUUCGUUUGUGGUGCCCAAACCUGGAGACCUGUAUUCCACUCUUGAUGCUGCAAAGGUUGCAGACAGCGUCAUCUUGCUGUAUUCUCUUCCAAGCGGCUAUGACGAUGUUGGCAACACUACCAUCUCUGCAUUGUUUGCACAGGGCUUGCCAUCUCCCGUUCAUGUCGUGCAGGGUCUGGAUGAUAUUCCAGUCAAGCAGCGUUCUGAUGCGAAAAAACAGUUGAUGAAAGCUCUUCAGUCAAGGUUUCCCGAUGACAAGGUCUACACGGUGGACAAGCAGGAAGACGGCAUUAUAUUGCUUCGACACAUCGCGGACCAGAAGAAGCGAGAAGUUUUCUACAGAGAUGCUCGGCCGCACCUUCUAGCAGAAGACAUUCAGUUCCAUCCGAAUGGGAACGAGGAGUACUUGGGAACGCUCAAACUCUCUGGUUAUAUCCGGGGAAGGACACUAAGCGUUAACUCAUUGCUGCAUAUCCCAGGCUAUGGAAAUUUUCAGAUGUCUCAGAUUGAUUCGGCAAAUGACCCUCACCCUCUGGUGGCAAGAACACGGCAAAACAAGGAACCAAAGGACAUGGCAGACGAUACAGAACAGGAGAAAGUUUUGGAAAGAGCCGACCCUCUGCGGCAACAGUCACUGCAGACAGAAAUUGAGCCAGAUGCCAUGGAUGGGGAACAAACAUGGCCCACACCUGAAGAACUUGCUGCAGCUGAAGAAGAAGAAACGCGAGAGAAGAAAAUAGUUAAGAAGGUUCCCAAAGGCACUUCAUCGUAUCAAGCUUGCUGGAUCGUGGACGAAAAAAGUGACAAUGAAGGAGAUAGCGAGGAAGAUGACAUGGAAGAGGAAGAUGGCUUUGAGGCAAUGGACGAUGAAGAUUCAGAUGUGGCCAGCACUGUCGCUGGUGAUACAGACACUGUGUCUGUAGUAGAAGAAGAAAGAGGGAACUAUGAUGAAAAGUUGGAUCUGGAAGAAGAAAAAGCCACCCUGGUGAAGUUUAAGGAAGAGCGGAUGGAUCAGAUGUUCCCAGAUGAAGUGGACACACCCAUGGAUGCACCUGCACGCACAAGAUUUGCAAGGUAUCGAGGACUAAAAAGCUUCCACACUUCACCCUGGGAUCCCAAAGAGAACUUGCCCUAUGAUUACGCGAGAGUUGUUCAGUUUGAGAAUUUCACUAGGGCCAAGAAAAGGAUACUCGCGGAAGAAAAUGAUGGAGCUCUGCCUGGCUGGUAUGUCACCAUUCAUGUAACUGAUGUCCCCAAGAGAGUUUAUGAUGAAUCUCUGCAAAAUGGGAGUCCCCUCAUAGCAUUUGGUAUGCUUCCCCAUGAGCAGAUGAUGUCUGUGCUCAAUGUGGCGGUGAAGAGAAGUGGAGAUUAUGUCCAGCCAAUCAAAUCAAAGGAACGAUUGGUGUUUCACGUGGCCUUUCGUAGGUUUACAGCAUGCCCAAUCUUCUCGGCACACACUAAUGGAGAUAAGCACAAGUACGAACGGUUCCUGAGGAACGACGCUGUGUGUGUGGCCACAUUGUUCGCUCCCGUUGUGUUCCCUCCAGCUCCUGUUCUGCUGUUCAAGGAAGAUGCCGGUGGUGGAAUCCAUUUUAUUGGAUCGGGCACUGUGCUGAAUGCAGACCCAGACCGUGUUGUGGUCAAGAGAGCUGUUCUCAGCGGACACCCGUUCAAGAUCAACCGCAAGUCAGCUGUUGUCAGAUACAUGUUCUUCAACAGAGAUGAUAUCCUCUGGUUCAGACCUGUGGAACUGAAAACAAAGUAUGGCAGAAGAGGGCACAUCAAAGAGCCACUUGGCACCCAUGGACAUAUGAAAUGCGUGUUCAAUGGACAGCUCAAGUCAGAAGAUACGGUACUCAUGCACCUAUACAAACGAGUCUUCCCCAAGUGGACAUUUGAUGCUGAUGCCCCCAGACCAGCUCCUAAGUAUGUACAGGACGAUAAAAGCACAGAAUCUAUGGACUCUUAAUAAACUGUACCACUUUGUCAAAGUC